AUGCUAGCAUACGAACAGCAUCCUGUCGAACAAACUGUCGAAGAGGUUAUCCCUGGAACACUUGAGAAGGACGGUCCGCUGGAUUUUCGAGUUGGAUGCAGCAUCAACAACUGCGGGGAGGACUUCGAACGUCCGAGUUCAGAGAAAGAAGACCGACCACUCCCCUUCCACCUGAGGCGUACAAAUACACCGGAUUUGUUUGCUCGGCCGUUGAAGAGCUUCAGUUUCCACGAGCGAGCUUCUUCAUCAACCCGAGAGCCGCGACGACUUUCCUCGAGCACAUCCCCUCGCACCCGGUCGUCGCCCAUGUACCUGACAUCGCUCCCAGCUGUUGGAAUAUCAAUAGAGCCGCACUGGGCUCAGGGCUCUUUCGUAGCAGAUGAAAGGGAGGAAAGAUUGGAACAGCCUCGCCACUCACACUCGUGGCCAUCUGGUGCUGCCGUGACAACAACUGCGCACAGUGCCGGAUUUGGCGUCGCACCUCUCCUCACACCACCUGAGGAUGCAGAAGAAUUCACAUGGACUAUACCUUCAGAGGCCAGCAAAUCACCAAGACAAGAGUCAUUGUCAUCAGAUCUAGAUAAUCAGAGGGUCGCUAUCGCCGGGCGCGAGUCGUCGGAUCAAUCAACAACGCGCCCGUCAACCAUUACUCUGCCGCCGGGAAACAUGAUGGACGCAGGCGGGAUACCCUCCACCUGGCUGGGCCGUGCAAUUCAGGUCAUCGUCUCCGUUAAUAGCGAUUUGACUCCCAACGCCCAGAUGCAUAUGGUGGUGCAGGCCAUGCCUCCCCACGUUGAGCGCCCGAGAACAGGCACAAAGCUGAUUUUUGAAGAGGUCGUACAAUCCCUGCAGCGCUCAUCAACGAAUGUGCCAUAUGUGACCAUCACACACACGUACACAGAUCACAGACCCGUCAGCCUCGAAGAAAUCCCAGACUCCCCCCCUGCCACGCCCAACAUCCAUGAUGGGUCUGACUAUUUCGACAACAAUACCAUAUUCACACACGUUGCUCAGGUUCCCGAUUACCACAAGCCAAGCACGGUUUCAACAAAUGGUGUUCGCAAUCCUAAAGUCGCUGCCCCUUCGAGUGUGAAUGUUAGUACGAUUGAGCGGUACAUUCCUCCUACCACAGCGGAUGAAGUUCGAGAUUUAUUCUCUAUCAGCCGUCGCUCUCACCUGGUCGAUCGCCUUGGCGAGCUUAGUGCUACUCAGAAUGGCACUCUGUUGCUUGUCUAUCCCACAAAAGCUGGAGGACAGACGUUCAGCAAGUGGUACAAAGAUCCUAUCCUCGAUCCUCUCCUUCGACGUUUCAUGAUGCUGCGUGGUUUGACUACUCCUGCAGGUGCAGCUCUUGGACGCCUAGAAUCCGUGGACAGCCUGAUGGAUUUCGACCAAAUGCAGACUGCUCUCCGGAAAGUCUGCGGAGAGCUUGCCCCGCAACUACCGCCUGUUGGAGGACGCAGCCAGUUUAUCAUCGACCACGCAGAAAAAGCAGAAGUUAUCCUGGACCGUCAGACCUGGAUUGAGCUUUUCCUCACUCAGGAAAGCUCUCGAAUGAGGCAGGACCUCAUCGACUAUCAGAAGUCCGGGCAGCGAAUGCCAGCAUCGGGAUUUGAGGCGUCUCCAGCUGCUCUGGCAAGAGAAGUCGAAGAUGGCAUCAGAAGCAGCAAAGAACACGCAGGCGGCAUUGGCAUCGAGGUCGGUGUCUUUGUUAUUCGAAGGUCUCUGAUAUGA